AGAAUCUGAAACAAAGAUUCUCAUACACAAAAGGUGCGCUCUCAUCUAGUUUAAUUUCACAAGUGUUUGUCAAAUUUGGGAAAACAAAACGGAGAGUUGGAACUUGGAAGGAAAAAAAUCAUUGUGAUCACUUGCAUCACUUGAUAUUCCACCUCAUCUGUCAUCUCUCUCACACACACACACACACACGAUGUGUUGCUAUUUUUUGGAGGGAGCGAUUCAAGUGUUAUCGAUUAUUUUCCAUUUGGAUCAAGAACUCUUCCGCGGAAUGUAGAGUGGCCAUGAAUUUAGAAUCGGCAUCUCAGUGUGGCACGCUCUGUGAUCGCCUUACAAGUAUGCGGAUACGCAAAAACCGCGCAGCAAUCCAUAUCCAAUCCAACCGAACCAACCAACCCUCGCCUCGCGCGGUCCGCCUCCGCCAUCCUCAUCCAUACCCCAACGGCGCGAAUCCGGCGCGGGGCAUCUCGAGAAAAUCGUUCGUUCGGAAGUGAGGAAAUCCCUCAACAAAGGGAGAUAGAAAAACCAGAUGGCGUUAGACUAGCCAGCCGCUGCCUCGGCCCCCACCAGAGCAGAGGCCGCCACACCCUCACGUCCCUUCCCGGCUUCCCCACCCCUCCUCCUCCUCCUCCUCCGCUUCCCUCGCGCGGCGCGGAACAAGUCCAAGGGGACGGCAGGAAGGAAGAGGAGGCUUCCAGAUUCUUGCGGAACUCCCGCGCCACCCCUCUCCACGCCACCACCACCGCCUUCUCCUCAUAGCCAGCCAGCCUCCCGCGUAGGGUUUCCGCGCGCCACCAUCUCCACUCCAACCCCAGCACCCACCCGUCCUACCGCCGUCGCAUUUGGACCUCUGCGUCUGCCUGCAGCCCUGUUCGCCAAUCGCCACCGACACCCCCUCGUCGUACCGGUUUGGGGAUUUCGUUUUCCCUUUCUCACUGUUGCCGGUUGUAUCGGGGAUCUGGGAGGGAAGUGUUUGUCUUGGUGCUGAUUGUUUCUGACGAUUUGGGCGUCAUUAUCCAGGUCGAGUGGUGUUGGUGAUGUCGGGUGAUUAGAUUUGGGGGUGGAUUGGUAGAGGGGAUACUGAUUAGCUGUUUUGGGGCGCCUGGCUUAUCUGCUAUUGGAUUGGGAUCCAUGAUCGAGACUGCUCCGUGAAGUUUUUGGUCCUAGGGAUUGUGUUUUUUGAUCGGCCCGGACCAGGAAUAGAGGGUUCUCUUGAGGGAGGAGAUCUAGGGCCGCGUGUUCUAUCGUUCUCUGUAGAUAAAAUCAAAAAAAAAGGAGAGAGAGAUAGAGGUAGUGGAAGGGAGACUGGAGGCUAUGGCUCUGAAUUGCUCAUCACGCUCGCUCUGGGUGGCCGAUGAUUGUGCCAGCAUGAUGCUUGGUUGUGGGUGCUGGUCGGAGGAGGCCUCCCCUCUGUCAUCCCGCGGGGUGAAUUCGCUGUGGUGGGAUGACCUGGAGCUGGAAGAGGAGGAGUCGGAUCCUGUGGAUCUCUUACCCACGGACCCCUUUGGGAUGAACCUGGAGACUACGUUCACAGCUGCGAUUGCCAGUUGCAUCGGGGACCUCACAGGCAUGUCUGGUGCUGGGCAUUUGGGAAGCGGUGACGAUGAUGGUUUCUAUGCCGACCUGAGUUAUUACUUGAAUCAGGCUUUUGUGCUCACUCCGGAGCCAUGGAGUGGUGCCUAUACCAGUGUUUUUGAGGAUUCUUUUGUGUCUGGAUGCCUCUCGGGCGCUGGAGGCAUGGAACAGUUUUCACGGUUGCCUCCUAGCUCGUUCUGCUCAGAGCCUAUUGGGGUCACGGAUGACCCAUCUAGCUCUUGUGACACAGCUUUGCCAUGCUGUGAUAUGGUUGAUGUAGCUCCUGUCCAGGAGGGAAAUGAUGCACAUGAAGCAAUGGUGUUUGUCUUGAGCUAUCUUGGCUUACGUGACAUCCUCUCUAUUGAGAUGGUGUGCAAGUCAUUGCGUUCAGCUGUCCGGAACGAACCCUUUUUAUGGAAGUGCAUCCACAUUGACUCGCACUUGGGUGAGAAGAUGUCUGAUGCUGAUCUUCUGUGCCUGACACAGAAGUCCCCAGGUUCUUUGCAGUGCCUGAGUCUUAUGUGCUGUGUAAACAUCACAGAUCAGGGAUUGAAAGCUGUUUUAGAGAGUAAUCUGCAGUUAACAAAGUUGGGCAUUUUCGGUGCUUUCCGGAUUACUCAUCAAGGUCUUGUUGACAGUCUGAGGUCAUUUAGUAUGGAAGCAGAUAUUGGUAUCAAGAAACUCAGAGUUGCAAAUCGUGUCACUGCAUCAGAAGUGCAAUAUGUAGAGCUGUUGUCCUUGAUGAAAAUAGACAAGGAGAUGCCAUUACACAAACAGGAGCCUCGGAUCUUUCAUGCUGAUCGUCUUUUACCAGAUCUUCAUGGUGGAUAUGUUCCUGAUUCUUUCGUACCAGAUCUUCAUGAUGAGUAUGCUCUUGAUAUUGAGAAGUGUCCUCUUUGUCCGAACUACAAGCUUGUUUAUGAUUGCACAUCAAAGGAAUGCAAGACCAGCGGAUCUAGUAUUUGCAGAGGGUGUGUUGUUUGCAUCUCUAGAUGUUUGCGAUGUGGGAGAUGUAUCGACAGUGAGUUUGAAUUUGAAGAGACAUUUUUUCUGGGGAGCAUUUGCCAUGACUGUGUCAAGUAUUCACCCCACCACAGAAAAAUAGAUGUUUGAUUCUGUUAUCCAUUGGAUGGAUACAGUUGUAACAUUGGAUUUCUGUGAUUGAUGCUCCCAUCCAUCAGACAUCUUGACUGAGUAUUUCUAACAAGGAAAAAAAGAGAAAGGUCUACCAGUUUGCUAUCGGUGUAGGUGCAGCAGCUGAUAUAUUGUUUUUGCUUGCAAGAAAAACGAAAAAAAAACAGUAUAACCCAGGAAAUCAGAAGAUCAAAGUAUGGUUUCCGUAUCAUGGUGUCAGCAGUGAAUGGUGACAACUGACAAUUGCUGUAGGGAUGUUUCCUUCUGGAAUAAUGGGAGUGCUCUGCUCAGGAGUGUUGAAGUACAACAUCAUACUUUUUUUCUUUCUCUCCAGCCGGUUGCUUGAUGCUGCAUGUUCCUGGAACGUCAGAAGUAAUUUAAUUCAUUGGCCCAAAAAUAAAAUCAGAUGUAUCUAUCUGUCCCUUACGUUACCUAUCUAAUUGCGUGGCUGUGUGCUAUUACUUGACAAUUGACAAAUGUAAUACUAGUUACUUUCUAGGUUAUAGACACUUUGUACCACGUGAUUUAUUAGAAUAAAAUAAAGACAAACCUCUAACCCAACUAGAUUAUAUCGCGACUGCAUAUGCUCAGGUGCCUGGUUUUGCCAGGUGCGUUUCAGUUCUAUUUUCUGGUGGCUAUA